AUGAGCUACACGCUGGAGCCGAUGAGCAACCCGUCUUACCGGCGGAUGGCUGAGAGCCGGACCACCUUCAGCCGGGCCAGCGUGUCGCCGUCGAGCGGCUUCCGUUCUCAAUCCUGGUCUCGGAGCUCGCCCAGCCCGGCCUCGUCGAUUUAUAAGCGCAAUGUGGGGCCGGGCCGGACACCCUACGGCUCGACGGUGCUGAGCUCCACCGAGAGCCUCGAGCUGAGCCAGUCGUCGCUCUUCAACGGCGGCGGCGGCGGCGGCGGCGGGACGGUGGAGCUGAAGUUGUCCCGUUCCAACGAGAAGGAGCAGCUGCAAGGGCUGAACGACCGCUUCGCCGGCUACAUCGAGAAGGUGCACUCGCUGGAGCAGCAGAACAAGGAGCUGGAAGCCGAGCUGGCCGCCCUGCGGCAGAAGCAGGUGGGCCGCUCGCAGCUGGGCGUCGCCCUGGAGCACGAGCUGCGCGAGCUCCGCGUUGCCCUGGAGCAGGUCAACCACGAGAAGGCGGCGCUGCAGCUCGACUCGGAGCACUUGGAAGAGGACAUCCAGCGCCUGAAGGAGCGCUUCGAGGACGAGGCGCGCCUCCACGAGGAUGCCGACGCCAUCACCCGCGCCCUGCGGAAGGACAUGGAGGAGGCGUCCCUGGUGAAGGUCGAGCUGGACAAGAAGGUGCAGUCCCUGCUGGACGAGGUGGCCUUCCUGCGGAGCAACCACGAGGAAGAGGUGGGCGAUCUGCUGGCCCAGAUCCAGGCCUCGCACGUCUCCGUCGAGCGCAAGGACUACCUGAAGACCGACCUCUCGGCCGCCCUCAAGGAGAUCCGCUCCCAGCUCGAGUGCCACUCCGACCAGAACAUGGUCCAGGCCGAGGAAUGGUUCAAGUGCCGCUACUCCAAGCUCACCGAAGCUGCCGAGCAGAACAAGGAAGCCAUCCGCUCGGCCAAGGAAGAGAUCUCCGAGUACCGGCGGCAGCUCCAGGUCAAGAGCAUCGAGCUGGAAUCUGUCCGCGGCACUAAGGAGUCCUUGGAGCGCCAGCUGAACGACAUUGAGGAUCGCCACAACCAGGAUCUCUCCACUUACCAUGACACCAUCCAACAGCUUGAAAAUGAGCUGAGAGGUACCAAGUGGGAGAUGGCCCGUCAUCUGAGGGAAUACCAAGACCUCCUGAAUGUCAAGAUGGCUCUCGAUAUUGAAAUUGCUGCCUACAGGAAACUUCUUGAGGGUGAAGAAACAAGAUUUAGUGCCUUUUCUGGAAGCAUCACUGGGCCAACAUUCACACAUAGGCAACCUUCCGUAACAAUAUCAACUACCAAAAUACAGAAAUCAAAAGCUGAACCACCAAAAUUAAAGGUCCAACACAAGUUUGUAGAAGAAAUAAUUGAAGAGACCAAAGUAGAGGAUGAGAAAACUGAACUGGAUGAAGCUCUUGAAGCCAUGGCUGAAGAACUGGCUGCGGAAACUCUAGCAGGUGAAGAAAAGGAGGAAGAAGUUCUAGAAGAGGAAAUCAUAGCAGAGGAAAAGGCUGAAGUUGCAGCUGCAGCCCCAGAAGAGGAAGAAGAAGGGGAAGAAGAAGAAGGGGAAGAAGAAGAGGAAGGUGCAAAAUCUGAUGAGGCACAAGAAGGAUCAGAAAAAGAAGACGAGAAAAGUGAAAAGGAAGAAGGUGAAGAAGAAGAAGAAGCAGGUGAAGGAGAAGCUGAGGAAGCUGAAGUAGCAGAAGAGCCUGAAGGAGAUGUAGAAGAAGUCAUUGCACCAGCGAAGGUAGAAAAGGUGAAAACAUCUCCACCCAAAUCACCCCCCAAAUCACCGGUGACUGAAGAAAUGAAGGCAGCCUCUCCAGAAAAAGCAGGGACUCCAGAGAAGGCAGCCUCUCCAGAGAAGGCAGGGACUCCAGAAAAAGCAGGGACUCCAGAGAAGGCUGGAACUCCAGGAAAACCAGGGACUCCAGAGAAGGCAGCCUCUCCAGAGAAGGCAGGGACUCCAGAGAAGGCUGGAACUCCAGAGAAGGCAGGGACUCCAGAGAAAGCUGCCUCUCCAGAGAAGGCAGCCUCUCCAGAGAAGGCAGGGACUCCAGAGAAGGCUGCAUCUCCAGAGAAGGCAGGGACUCCAGAGAAAGCUGCAUCUCCAGAGAAGGCAGGAACUCCAGAGAAGACUUCAUCUCCAGAGAAAGCAGGGACUCCAGAGAAGGCAGCCUCUCCAGAGAAGGCAGGGACUCCAGAGAAGGCUGCUUCCCCUGAAAAGCCAAGCUCCCCAGUGAAAGAUGUAGAAGAGGUCAUCUCCACCACAAAGGCAACCACCCUGGGCGCCGAAAAAGAAUCAAAAGGAAAAGCUUCCAGGGAAUCCUCUAAAGAAGACAUAGCAGUCAACGGGGAGGUGGACGACUCAAAGCAAGAAGAAGAUAAAGGCGUCAUCACCAACGGUCUGGAUGUGAGCCCCUCGGAGGAGGAGGAGAAGAAGGGGAAGAGUGAAGAGAAAGUUGUGGUGACCAAAAAGGUCGAGAAGAUCACCAGCGAGGACGACGGCACCACCACCUACAUCACCAAGUCUGUAACCGUCACCCAGAAGACGGAAGAACACGACGACACCGUGGCCGAGAAACUGGUGUCCACCAAGACGGUGGAGAAGGUGACUUCUUCCCACGCCAUAGUCAAAGAAAUCAAGGAAAACGGUGACUAAAAGCAAUCCUUUCCCCUUUCUCUAAAGAGCUUGGAUCGGUGCAAAAGGUUAAGCCAUACGACAGCUGCGA